CGGCGGAAGCUCCGACCGCAGUGUACACAGAUACGUGCCCUUGCUCCACGAGCCUUCGGCUGGGGUGAUGGAGACGGCAUUGAAACAUUGGGGAGAUGGAGAACUGGUUUGGAGAGAGGCCUGGGGGCAAGUGGAUGUCGAGGUGGGAGAUUGUACUCCAACGACUCCAACUCGGGGUUGUCCGGGAUCUUUCGGCCCGUGAUAAGCGAUAAAGGUGUUGCGUUGAUUACAGGUGCUGGGGGUACCGGAAUUGGUGCCGCAACUGCAAAGGCUUUUGCUGCAGCUGGAUGUGAAAAGAUAGCCAUCACAGAUCUCAAUGAGGCUUCUUUACAGCAAACUGCAGAAGCCAUUAGUUCAUCCCAUCCCAAAACACAGCUUUUCAUUAAAGCCGGCAAUGUCGCCGACGACCAUUUUGCCGAUUCAUUCGUUACGGAAGCUGUCGAAGUUUUUGGUCGGGUGGACUAUGCUGUGAACUGUGCAGGUGUUAUUGGAAAAUCUAUGCGCUCGGCAGAGACACCAAUCGAAGAAUUUGACCGCAUCAAUAACGUCAACUACCGAGGCUGUUGGCUUUCAUCGCGAGCAGAACUCAAACAGAUGACCUUACAAGAUGCACUUCCUAGCCAUGAUCCCAGUCGACCUCCUCAGCGCGGCGCUGUGGUGAAUGUUGCCAGCCAGUUAGGCGUCGUCAGUCGUCCGGGUGCUCCUGCAUAUUGUGCAUCCAAAUCCGCUGUUAUCGGAAUGACACGCGCUGAUGCUAUUGAUUACUCUAAGGAUAAUAUCAGAGUCAACUGUGUUUGUCCUGGUGUUAUUGAAACACCGCUGGUCAUGGAGAAGCCCGAGGUCCGUGCAGCUAUCAUGCCUGCGGUGGUUACUGCGCCAAUGAAGAGAAUGGGCCAACCUGCAGAGGUGGCUGAUGCCAUUCUUUUCUUAUGUUCAACGCAGGCAUCCUUUGUACAGGGCCAUGCUAUGGUAGUUGAUGGAGGAUAUGUUACUAUUUAG